ACUUUCACAUGACUGGCUGCACAGUCAAACACGGCAGUGCGAGUUCCUUUAGUGCUGCUGGAUCAUUUAAUAAACAGGGGGGAGAAAUAAAUGUAUGGGAUGCAUUACUUCCGGAAUAAAUGAGAGGACGCUACAGGACAUUCGUGCAGUUUAUGUGUGAUGGGUCACAGUGUGUAAUCAUGGAGUGUGUGAUAGUCGGAUUUGCGCUGUUCUCUGUGUGCCAGGCUGCAGCUCUGCCCAACUUCGUGCUGCUGUUUGCGGAUGAUUUGGGUUAUGGAGAUUUGGGUUUCUCGGGUCAUCCCACAUCCCUCACACCGAAUCUGGACCGACUGGCGGCUGACGGGCUCCGGUUCACCGACUUCUACUCCACCAGCCCUGUGUGCAGCCCGUCCAGAGCGUCUUUGUUGACGGGCCGUUAUCAGACACGCUCUGGUAUCUACCCCGGUGUGCUGUACCCGGGAUCAAAAGGUGGGCUUCCCCUCAAUGAGACCACCAUUGCAGAAGUAUUGAAGCCACUAGGCUAUGCCACGGCCAUGAUGGGGAAAUGGCACUUGGGUUACGGGGCUAAUGGUACUUACCUGCCUACACGACAAGGCUUUGACCACUACCUUGGCAUCCCAUACUCUCAUGACAUGGGUCCUUGUCACAAUCUGACCUGCUUCCCUCCAGAUGUGAAGUGUUAUGGCUACUGUGAUAUCGGUACAGUAGCUGUGCCUCUGAUGAACGGGGAAACCAUUACGCAGCAGCCUGUUGAUUUCGUUCAUCUGGAAGAUGCCUACAGUAAUUUUGCCACGGAGUUCAUUCGCAGGACAACUCAGAAACGUCAACCUUUCUUUCUCUAUUAUCCUUCUCAUCACACUCACUACCCACAGUUUGCAGGGUGGAAAUCUGUGGGCCGAUCUCUCAGGGGGCCGUUUGGAGACGCGCUGCUGGAGUUCGACUCCACUGUAGGAAACAUCCUGCAAACGCUGAAGGAAACGGGCGUCCUUAACAACACCCUCGUCUUCUUCACAUCUGACAAUGGGCCAGAGCUUAUGCGAAAGUCUCGUGGAGGAAAUUCCGGGUUGUUGAAGUGUGGUAAAGGCACUACAUAUGAAGGAGGAAUGAGAGAACCUGCUAUUGCAUACUGGUCUGGAGUCAUCAAACCUGGUGUCACUCGUAGUCUAUCCAGUACUCUGGACAUCCUGCCUACCAUUGCCAGAUUGGCUGGAGCUCCAUUACCCAAGGUUCAGCUGGAUGGUGUGGACAUGAUUGAUAUAUUGUUCAACCAUGGAGCAGGUCAAAGGAAGGCCAUGUUUUACUACCCAGUUGACUCCAGUGAGAAGUAUGGUGUGUUUGCAGUGAGAAUGGGAAACUAUAAAGCUCAUUAUUACACCAUGGGAGCAGCACACAGUGAAACAACUCCAGAUCAGGACUGUCAUGUAAUCUCCCGACUGAAGUAUCACGACCCUCCUCUGCUGUUUGACCUGGAGUCUGACCCAUCUGAAAACUACAACCUGAGCGAUCAUCCCGAGCUGGCCAGCGUUCUGCAGAACAUCAAGGACCUCAAGGACAAGUUUGAGGCCUCGAUGCAAUUUGGAGAAAGUGAGAUCGGGAAAGGAAUUGAUCCUAAGCUGGCACCCUGCUGUAACCCAGAGUGCUCUCCCAAACCAGAAUGCUGCCACUGUGGGACUACAAACUGAGCAGUUCGUUAAUAAAUAUCACAGCUUUUUUUCUUUAAAAGGGAAAACAGGCCAGAGACGAUAUAACGUAUUAAAAUCAGUCACUGCCACUCACACAUCUGCUGUGUUUGAUCAGAAGUGAGACUAAAUGCCUAUAAAACAGUGUGAAAUGUGUAUUAUAAUUAACAUCCCUUUUGCUCAAACACUGGAUCUGACAUAUUUCAAAAGGGUGGAUGCAGUUCUGUUACCGUAGUCGGAUUUCUAUCGCUUCAAGAAUCGUUUUCUGUUUUCUGCUUUGAUUCAAAUGAAUGAUACGAAUCCUGAAUGAUUUGUUUCAUUAUAUGGUUUUAUAUUCUGCCUGUUUUUUUUAUUAUUAUUAUUUUGCACACC